GCCCCAUUUGUUUGCACUUAAUGGGGGUCUGAAUCUGAAUGGUUCAGAUUUCAGCCCAUUAAGUGCAUUUGUUUUUUUUUUUUUUAAAUAGUCUCUUAAUACAUCUGAAAACAUCUGACUCGGUCAGAUUUCAAAAAGAAUCUUAAUGGGAUUCAGACUCUCAAAAAUGCCAAAUUUAUUUGCUUAAAAAGCUCACACGUCUGGGUUUUUUUUCUCUUUUAAAUUUACGCUUCUCUCUCUCUCUUUCUAAUUUACCCUUCUCUCUUUAUCCCCAACAUCAACGAUGCUCUAUUUGCCUCUUUAUCAGUAAGCUAUUCAUCAAAUUCUUUCUUCUUGAACAGUUAUGGAACAAGCUAAUGAAAAUUCAAGAUUGACUUGGAGAUUGGAGGUAGUAAAAACAUUUUUAGAAACUUGUAUUCAAGAAGUGUCAUUGAAUGGGAGACAAUGAAGUAGUUUGAAGCCAGAUUCAUGGAACAAGGUUAAGGUUAUUCUGCAAACUUCUCAUGACUUUAUAGUCACACAAAAGAAGAUGAAGAACCAUUAUGAUUAUUUAAAAGAAAAAUAUCAAGCUUGGUUGCCAAUAACUAAAAACACUGGUAAUAUUUAUGAUCCAGCAACCAAUACCAUUCGAAUGUCUAACGAGGAGUGGGAUGAGUACAUAAAGGCUCAUCCAAAAGCCAAGACAUUGAGGAGUGCACCUCUACCCUUUCCGGAACUUUGUACAACAUUAUUUGAGGGUUCUACUGCAACAGGAAUUCAUGGUUGGACUCCAAGUUGUACAACUCCGCGGCCCGAUGCCUCUUCUGUAGCUACUAAUAUAGACAUAGAUUCACUUGAUGACAUUGAGGAUCUACUUGGUGACAAAAAUGAUGGAGCUUCUAAAGAUUUUCCAUCUCAAUCUUCAAUUCCAAUUGAAAAAAAGAAUCUGGGAAAGAAAAGAAAAAACGCAUCGUCCCGAUUAGAAAUUGAUGAGAAGAUGAGUGCUGCAUUGGAGUUACUGAUUAACAAAAACAACGAGCCUGAUGUUGAAGAAUGUAUAGAAAAACUAGACAAGCUUGGAUGGGAAGAGCCAUUGUACUCUGCAGCUCUUAGUAUAUUUUGUGAAGGUGAUGGCUACACAAAAACAUGGAUGAAACUGAGAGGAGUAUGCUAGAUGAAGAUUUUAUGGAAUCUAGUCUUUAUUUUUAUUUUUAUUUUGGUUUUUUAAUUAUAACCUCUGGAACUUUGUGGUAAUAUAUUAUGCUUAUGGAACGUAUUUUAUUGGUGAAAAAUGCUACUUGUAUGUCUUGUUAUGCUUGAUGAGUAUAGAAUAAUUUUUUAUAACCAUUGUAUACUUUUUUAUCUUGAUGAAAUACAUAGGUAGUUGUGCUUACGAUUAUGUAUUGUAUCUUUUUUUCUUGGUAAAACAGAUUCAACAUGGAUAUCGAUGAUCAAAUAUUAUGGUUGAUGAGCUUGUAUUGGCAAAGAAAUCGUUAUAGACUCAAGUAUGAUAGAAGAAUUAGAGAUUUAACAUCAUCUUUAUCUGGUCAAAAGUAUACAUUAGAACUAUUAUCUGGCUCUAAUCGACAAUGUAUAGAAUUGAUGCGCAUGUCACGUGAUGCAUAUGUUCAGCUAUGUCAACAUUUUAGACAUAAUGGAUGGCUCAUAGAUAGCAAACAUAUAUCCGUCGAAGAGAAGAUAGCAAUAUUCUUAACUAUUAUAGGACAUAACGAGCGUUACGUCGUAAUCAAGAGAAGAUUUCAACAUUCUUUGCAGACAAUUCACAAGUAUUUUCACGAGGUUCUUGAGGCAAUGAUUAAUUUUGCAAAAGAGAUGAUAGCACCUACAACAUUUGAUUCGAAUAUGAAUAUUCCUGGUGCUCAUAACAGGUUACGAAGAAUUUUUAAGGGAGCAAUAGGUGCACUAGACGGGACAUUAGUACAUGCUGUUGUUCCCGCUAAUCAACAAAUUGUUUACAGAGGAACGGGAAAAGGUAAAUGCUAUCAGAAUGUUCUAGCAAUAUGUGACUUCAAUAUGGUCUUCACUUAUGUUUAUGCUGGAUGGGAAGGGGUAGCACAUGAUGCACGCGUUCUAACUGAGAUUGCAUCUAAUCCAGAUAAUGGCUUUCCAUUUUCUCCACCUAAUAAAUACUAUCUAUGUGAUGCGGCAUAUCCUAAUACUCGAGGAUUUCUAGCACCGUAUCGUAAUAUUCGAUAUUGGUUAGGAGAUUAUCAUCGUAGGCGUGCCAUAACGAAGGAGGAAAAGUUUAAUCAUGCUCAUGCAUAACUUAGAAACAUUAUCGAACGUUCCUAUGGAGUACUGAAAGCAAGAUUUCCUAUAUUGGACAAGAUGGCUCCAUAUCCUAUUAAUAUCCAAAGAGAUGUUGUUAUUGCAUGUUUUGCCGUUAAUAAUUUUAUCAGGAAGGAGCGCAUCAAUGAUGACUUGUUUAAUCAUUUUGAUACGCCUCAAGUGAUAUUUGAUGAAGAAGGACAACAAGAAGAAGCAUUAGAUGAAACAAAUGGACCUAGUUGGACAGUUGAAGAUUCUCAGAUAAUGACCGAUAUGAGGGAGCAACUUGCACUCCAACUAAUGCAAAGAAGAUGAAAUACUUGAGAGUUCUAUAUUUUAGUUAUUUGAAAUUUUUUUCCAGUGUUGGAGUGUUACAAUUUGAUGAUUGUUAGUUAAUUAUUCAAAUACUCUAAUAUUUAUGUGUCUAAAUCAUAACUGUAUUUGAGAUAUUGUUUUACUUUGUUGGAUAGGUUUGAUUUAUAGAUUAAUUUAUGUUAAAUUUAAAUUUUUUGAUUGCAUUUUAUAAACAAUUUAUUUUUAAGGAUAUAUCAUUUUUUGAAUAAUUCAGAUAGUUCAAUAAUUGUAUCAAACAUAA